AUGAAGCAUCCCUUCUCUGUAGAAUGGCUUUCACAAAGCAGUACAACAUGCUCUGGGAGAAUUAUGGAAGAUCCUCUCCAUAAAGAAAAUAACUUUGAUAGCAGCAAGCCUCAUAUCUCAUGCACUGCUCCACCAAGACAACCUACUUCUUAUUUUCGGGAGACUGCACAGCCUAAAGCAAAGGCUCCAAAGUCACAAAAAAUGUUCAUAGAAAUGGAAGAAACCCUGGAAACUGAUAUGUCAUUAAUAUGUGAAGAGGUCACAAAAGUGGACUGCACUGCACCUUUGAUGGAUGGUUCCCUGAGUCCUGGCGGGGUUGAUUCCGGCUAUGAAAGUGAAAGAUCUGACUGUGAAUCCCAACCCAAUCCUGCUGAAGAAUGCAGCUCAAAAUUCACCAGAAGACUUCGGACAGCCUUUACAAGCGAACAGAUUUACGCUCUAGAGAAAGCCUUUAAGAAGAACAAUUACUUGGGAACUCCAGAAAAACAAAAACUUGCAGCGAAACUGAAACUGACCGAAGUCCAGAUCAAAACCCGGUUCCAGAACCGUAGAAUGAAACUGAAGCGACAGCUGCAGGACUUGAGUGCUGAGUCCCAUGGUGCAGCUCCAUUUCCAAGCUUUCUACAAUGCAGACAGCAGUCUGUUGCACCUUUACAGUAUUACUAUUACCCAAGACAAGAACCACUGGCAAGUUUACCCAUCUUGGACCCAAGACAGGAACCGCUGGCAAAUUUACCCAUCUUGGACCCAUUGACACAUGUCAUUCCACCUUUCCAAAUUCCAGUGAUGCCUGCAACAAUGGCAAACCCAUUGCACAGGGUGUACAUGCAGCCAGCUUAUAUGCAUCCAACUGUGUGCCAUGAAGGACCAUUCCCUGGUUAUGUGUAUCCUUGAGAGACAUAGACAUUUGCUUCUAGGUUGGUGAUAAAGUGAACAGUGCCUUAAAAACGAACAGUGUUAUUUAAUUGCACAGUGCAGUAAAAUGCAUUUAUGAAU